AUGGAUUUCUCCGCGCGAAACGCCGACGACUUCGUCCUCCCAAUCGUUGUUCGAAGAAAAAGACAAAAAAGAAGGAAAAUGAAGAGCUUUUUCAACGACAAAUCGUUGUUCUCCUCUGCGUUUUCUGGGGUUUUCCUCCUCGUUUUUGUCCUCCUCCUCUCUUUGCGUUGUGUGCGUGAAAUCGAAUGCGUCGAUGAAAAUGACGACGAUGGUGUGACUCGCAAAAUGAACGCCGACAGUGACGAGGCGUUUCGAAGGAAAAAGAACAGAAACGACCGGUACGAGGAAGAGGCGGAAUACGCGGAAGAGGAGGAAGAGGAAGAAAAAACGAGAAGAAGCAGGAGCAAGAAGAAAACGAAUAAGAAUGAAUUUGCCCAAUUAGCAGGCGAACGAGGCGAAGGACCAGAGCUCGUCGCGCUGGGACCGAACGCGGAAAAAGUGCAACUCUCGCAAUUCGAAACGAGGAUGAUGGCGGGGAAAGAUGGGAAGAUGUUCGUCUCUGUCUUACCGGAGGACAGGUCGAUGCAGUGUCAAGAACGCAUCGACGAGUGGUACCCGACGUUUCGGAAGGUUGCGCGAGCGAUGGACGCGGCGUAUAAAGUGUUGGAAGUGAACAUGCCGGGGAGGACGGCGCAAGCCAUCGGGGAGGUUUUCGGGAAGAUGAAAAAGCAAGAGGCGAGGAGGUUUGCGUGCGGGGUUGUCGGGUUGUACGGGAAAUCGGGGGGGUUGAAUAUUUUGAAAGGGAAUUAUAGCGAUCCGGUGAGUUACAUGGAGUUGUUGAGUAGCGCGAGAGACGGGGUGACGGAUUUGAGGACGGCGGGCGAGAAGGCGCCGAGGUUUGGAUCGGGGUCGAUUGGGUCGUCGUCGUCCUCGUUCGACGACGACGGCGAUAACAAACACGCGGCGUGUGAUUGGCUCGCGAGACCGCGCAGAGAAGGAGAUGCCAAAAUGCGCGUAGCUGUGUUUGAACCGGUAGACGAAGACGUGUUUAAUUUUAUCGCCACGGUGAUAGGGGAGAAGAACGCCGCGUUGUUCUCGAGACAGAGUUUGUUCGGGUGCGAAGUCACCGUCGGGCAACCGGUGCGCGAGAGUUACGGGAUCACUCUGGUCGCCGAUAUCGACGAAAGUGACGACGAGUUCAACGUAGACGCGGAAAUUAAAGUCAUGCCUAUAUUCGCCAACAAAAACGCCGGUUUCAAUCCGAGAUUAGGGAAGGAGGAUUUUAUUGAUUUCUUGGAUAAAGUGAUUUUAGCGAACGCGACGAGCGCGUUUCGAGAAAUGGUGGAUACCAGCAUCGACCAUAACUGUGCGAAUGAUAUUUGGGAGUUGAUGAAUAACUUGAACGAUCAGUUUUACGAGGAAGUGGCGCGAAAGAAGCAACAGCGACAAACGCAAGAGGACGGAGAAGGAGAAGAGGGAGAAGAUGAACAUUUUACGCCAGAAAUCGCGUGGGACACCAUUCGCGAACCAAUGCUGAAAGCUUUAGACGCGCACGGAAAGAACGAUAAGAAUUUACAACCCACGCAGUGGAUGUGCGGGCUAGCUGGAUCGAUAGCCGCGUUUGCAGAGGCCAAAUCCGAGUUGGCUUCGGCGAACUCGUUUAUGGGCGAAUUGAUGACGUUACGAAAAGAAUCGAUUCAUUUGCGAACGCGGAAUGCGGUUUUAGAGAGAGAGUUAGCGGAGAUGGAGACGAGACUGCCUGCAGGAGGAGCUAACAGUGGUGCCAUGGGUUUACCGAAAGCGAAAAAAAGAGGCUUUGGUGCCGCGCCGAAGGAAACGAAUACGCCGCCGCCGACGCCGACACCUUCCUUUGACGAAGAAGAAAGGUUGCAAAGACAACAACAAAAGAUACAGCAACAACAAGAAGAAGAAGCGGAGGCUGCAACCGCCGCCGCCGCUGCUGCUGCAGCUGCUACUAGAGAAGAAGAAGAACGGCAACGCCAGGAACGAGAAGCAGUAGAAGCUCAGCGCAGACGAGAAGAAGAAGAAGAACGGCAACGCCAGGAACGAGAAGCCGUAGAAGCUCAGCGCAGACGAGAAGAAGAAGAAGAAGAACGGCAACGCCAGGAGCGAGAAGCCGUAGAAGCUCAGCGCAGACGAGAAGAAGAAGAAGAAGAACGGCAACGCCAGGAACGAGAAGCCAUUGAAGCUCAGCGCAGACGAGAAGAUAGAGAAGAAGAGGAAGAAAAGGAACGGCAGCGCAAAGAACAGGAAGCUGCCGAGGCUCAGCGCAGACAACACGAAGAAGCUGAAGCGCUCAGGACGCAACGAGAAGCUGAAGCAGCGGCGAACAUUCCUCCUCCCCCCGUCGAAGACGAAGAUCCAAAUCUCACCUUCUGGUCUGCGCACGAAAAUCAAGGGAAAACGUAUUACUAUAAUUCGCAAACGCGUGAAUCGACGUAUGAGAAACCUGUCGGGUUUUCCGAACCGGAAAAAGUAAAGAAUGAAUCGCCUCAUGUCGAGUUGUGA